UUUGUGGUAUUAAUUUGUGCAGUAUGUUUGGAUGGAACAAUACCUGGCUACCACUUGCAUCGCGGGUUCGGUACAGGCGCAAACAGUUGGCUCGUUCAGCUAGAGGGUGGAGGGUGGUGCAAUAAUCUUAAAUCAUGUAUUUACCGAAAAACAACGCACCGUGGAUCUUCGACUUAUUUCGAGAAACAAUAUCCAUUCACCGGGAUACUUAGCAACAGAGCUGAAGAAAAUCCAGAUUUUUUUAACUGGAAUAGAGUAAAGAUACGCUACUGUGACGGGGCUUCCUUUGCUGGUGACAGUGAAGAUAAGGCUUCAGGAUUGCAGUUUAGGGGGCAACGCAUAUGGCUAGCUUCAAUGGAAGAUCUAAUGUCAAAGGGAAUGCACAGUGCAAACCAAGCCCUUCUCUCCGGUUGCUCUGCCGGUGGUUUAGCUUCUAUACUACAUUGUGACGAGUUUCGUACUUUAUUUCCUCUAAGUACUAAAGUCAAGUGCCUUAGCGACGCCGGAUUAUUCAUGGACGCUAACUUUGUAACAUAUCAUUUCGUAUUUAUUUUACAGGGUGUGAAGAAAAACCUGCCAACCACUUGCACCGAUCGCCUCGACCCAACUUCAUGCUUCUUCCCUCAGAAUUUAAUCGCCAAUAUUAAAACCCCUCUCUUUCUUCUCAACGCGGCCUAUGAUGCAUGGCAGGUCCAAGCAAGUUUGGCUCCUCCAACUGCCGAUCCGCAUGGUAAUUGGCACGAUUGUAAAUUGAAUAACGAACGAUGCUCAGCUACACAAAUCCAAUUUCUACAAGGUUUUAGGAAUGAAAUGCUGAAUGCAGUAAAAGGGUUUGGAACCUCGAAACAAAACGGGUUGUUUAUAAAUUCUUGUUUUGCUCAUUGCCAGUCGGAGAGGCAAGAUACGUGGUUUGCCGAUGAUUCUCCCAUUAUUAAUAACAAGCCGGUGGCAAUUGCAGUCGGAGAUUGGUAUUUCGAUCGAGCGAGCGUCAAAGCUAUCGACUGCGCGUAUCCGUGCGACACAACGUGUCACAACCUGGUAUUCAAACGAACCAUAGGAUAGUUUUUGCCCCCUUCUAUGAUUAAUUAACACCAAAAUUAUUGAAUUAUAAUAUUAUAUUGGUUUUUCUUACAUUAGACAAAGUAAUAUUGAAGGCAAUAAAAUCUUAAUUGCCUUGACAAUUCAUGAAAGUCUUGAUGAACAAUAAUAUCAUAAAACCAUUCAAGGAAAAUGAGUUUAUUUUAUUAUGCUUUUUUUUUUUUGA